AUGAAAAAGCUAUUUGGGAGGGACAAAGGCAAGGACCUGCCCACUGCCCUUCCAGCAGCUGCACAACCCGCACCGAUGAGCACACCAAUACAUCAACAAUUUGCCACACGUCCAACGAGCAAUACUGCAGACGAGGAACGAUGGGAGGUCGUCGAGCAACAUACCCCACCAGUCACCGGACCGGAUCCUAGCCCUACACGCUCUCCAUCGCCAUACACCACCGCUAAGCCACCUUCAUCGCAAACUCUGCGCAAGAAGACACCCCCAGUGCUUGGCAUCUUACAUUCUCUCGAUCCUGUGCAGCAGGCUAGCGCUGUCGGUCAUGUUCGCAAUCGGUCGGAAGAGCGGAUAGCGGAGAACGGGAAUCGGGAGAAGGGCAAAGGAUUCUGGGGUCGAGAGAAGGAACGAGUAGAUUUAGAGAAGAAAGAGCGGAGGGACGAUGACAACGAACUAACUCGCAAGAUCGGUUUCCUGACUGCAACUGCCUCCGAAGACUGGACUUUGGUUCUCGAUGUCUGCGACCAUGCCUCAUCAAGCGAGACUGCCGCAAAAGAGGCAGUGCGUGCCCUUCGUCGCGAAUUUAAAUAUGGAGAACCUGCGGCGCAACUGGCGGCUGCAAGGUUAUGGGCCAUCAUGCUGCGCAACUCAUCCGAUGUCUUUAUCUCUCAGUGCACCUCUCGCAAGUUUUUGGACACAAUCGAAGACCUUCUCACUUCAUCCCGCAUCUCACCCGUUGUUCGCGAACGUGUUAUGGAUGUCCUCGCCGCCGCUGCGUAUGCCAGCGGAUCAAAGAAGGACUCGGGUUUCCGUGGGCUUUGGAGGCGCGUCAAGCCCAAGGACAAACCUGAGGAGGGAGUCCCAUUUGACACUGAAGACGCCAUGUUCAAUCCACCACUCUCGAGUAGUAGAGCUGGCAACUACGAAGUGCCACCAGUCGUAACCUACCAUGACGCAACACCUCUGGUGUCCGAAGCCCCGCUUCCCGUCUCUAAACGAAAGCGCAAAACAAGUGAAAAGAAGCCCUCAGGGGAACCAAGACAACACCGUGAACAUCGACAUAGGAUCAUACCUCCAGACGAAGAUAUGCGCCGCUUAUUCCAGGAGUGUCGAAUAGGCGUGGGAAAUGCUACGUUGCUCAACGAAGCCCUCACAAUGGCAACACCAGAAGACCUUCGAACCGAUGUGAUAACAGAAUUCCACCGGAAAUGCAUGGAUUCGCAGGAACUUAUAUUCACCCAGAUUCCUUGGGCAUCUGCUGGUGCGGAGCGGAGUCGUGUCGCUAGAGAUCAGCAGGAGAUCGAUAGAAAGCGCAAGAAUAGUGGAAACACAUUAAUCCUGGACAACGAUAGCCAAGGAGACCUCACAGUCCCUCCUUCAACACGCGAAGAAGAAUUGCUGGGUGAACUUUUAGCUGCAAAUGAACUACUUCUUGAGGCGCUCAAACAAUACGAUGAUCUGAAGCGCGUUGCAGAAGAACGUCAAGCAGAAGACCGGAGUCGCAAGGACACAAAGAUGGGCUCCAGAGAGCGACAAUUUCUGAGCGAAGACGGAAUGUUGAUCGCAGACCGUGGUGGUGGAAGCUCUUCGCGACCAGGCUCACCAUCACCCUUCGAUCCUAUUACGCAUCAACAAACAUUGGCACCUCCUCCAGCAGCGCCGCAUGGGCCACGUUCCCCGGGGAUUAAUACGUCACGGGCUCCUUCACCAGCUCAAGAACUGAUAAACGGGUUGGGUGGACUCCAGGUUGGAAACGCUCGAAGCUCUAUGGAUGAUCAACAGCUUUAUUUCGAUGAUGGAGAAGAGGGAGAUGAGAAACCACUGCAACCCAGUGCCAAAGCACUUGGGAAGCGACGUGUUGUGGUGGACGAACCAGAAUCGGGCUCGGAAGGUGGGACAUACCAGUUGGGAGGAGGGAGCGAAAUUGACGAGGACCGACUGUCGGAAUCGGAUGAUGAAGAUACCCCCUCUCGCAUGUGGCAACGAGCACAUCAUCCGGUGCAACACUAUGUUUAUGAUGCAGUGGCGGAGCGUGCCCAGCAGAGGCUCAUGGUUAAUGGUAUCAUCAAGGAGCAACCAACGACGUCAUUGACUCCCUUCUUCCUUUUUCUCCAUGUCCAUACGAGACGUUCGAAAUCCGUACGAGCUCCGUUUCAAGCUCCCGACGCGUCGUUUAUCCUCAGCAGCUAUCUGUUCGAAUGUGCUUGGGAAGUUGCCAACAAGGUUGGCGGGAUUUACACCGUCAUUCGAACCAAAGUGCCAGUGACUGUGAACGAGUAUGGUGACCGCUAUUGUCUUAUCGGCCCACUCUCCUACAAGACGGCCCCAAUGGAAGUUGAAGCAGAAGAGCCAACCGAUCCACAUCUUGCGGCCACUCUCGAAUCCAUGAGGGCGCAGGGUGUCAAAGCUCUCUAUGGACGAUGGUUGAUCGAAGGCGCGCCGCAUGUCCUUCUCUUUGACACUGGUUCUAUGUACAGUCGUCUCGACGAGUGGAAAGGAGAUCUAUGGAACCUUGCUGGAAUUCCUUCACCCCCAAAUGAUCAUGAAACCAACGAAACAAUCGUAUUUGGUUACAUCGUCGCUUGGUUUCUCGGCGACUACGUCUCUCGUCAACUAACCACAGCUGUCGUCGCCCACUUCCAUGAAUGGCAGGUUGGCGUCGCUAUUCCAUUGUGCCGAAAGCGUCACAUCGACGUUACAACUGUCUUCACCACUCAUGCAACUCUGCUUGGCCGAUAUCUUUGUGCGGGAAGCGUAGACUUCUACAACAACUUGCAGUACUUCGAUGUGGACCACGAAGCAGGGAAACGUGGCAUAUACCACCGUUACUGUAUCGAACGCAGUGCCACUCAUUGCGCGGAUGUUUUUACCACUGUCUCCCACAUCACGGCAUACGAAGCUGAACAUCUUCUCAAACGCAAGCCUGAUGGAGUGGUUCCCAAUGGCCUCAAUGUUGUCAAAUUUCAGGCGAUGCACGAAUUCCAGAACCGUCAUGCAACCUCGAAAGCCAAAAUCGACGAAUUUGUUCGUGGCCAUUUCUAUGGCCACUAUGAUUUUGAUCUAGAUAAUACCCUUUAUAUGUUCACAGCCGGGCGGUAUGAAUACCGAAACAAGGGUGUUGAUAUGUUCAUCGAAUCUCUCGCACGACUAAAUUAUAGGCUUCAAAAAGCCGAUUCUACGAUGACUGUGGUCGCGUUUAUCAUCAUGCCUGCCGCAUCGCACAGCUACACAGUUGAAGCCCUGAAGGGCCAAGCCGUAACCAAGCAGCUUCGGGAUACCGUCAGUGAGAUUCAAAAUCGUAUUGGCGCACGUCUUUUUGAGACUGCGGCCCGAUUUCAAGGGGACUCUUCUGCACCACUUCCGAAUAUUGCAUCACUUCUCUCUGAGGAAGACUUGGUCCAUCUGAAGCGUCGCAUUUUCGCCCUCAAGCGCAACAGCCUUCCCCCUGUCACUACACACAAUAUGGCGGACGAUGCCAACGACCCAAUAUUAAACCAGAUUCGCCGCGUCCGACUUUUCAACUCAUCCUCAGAUCGUGUUAAGAUAGUGUUCCAUCCUGACUUUCUGAAUAGCUCUAACCCCAUUCUGGGGCUUGAUUACGAAGAGUUUGUGCGAGGGACACAUUUGGGGGUGUUUCCCAGUUACUAUGAGCCAUGGGGCUACACACCCGCCGAAUGUACCGUGAUGGGCAUUCCUUCCAUUACCACCAACUUAUCGGGAUUCGGCUGCUUCAUGGCUGAUCUAAUAGAACGUCCACAGGAUGAAGGAUGCUACAUUGUCGAUCGACGGUCCAAAUCGGUGGAAGAUUCAGUUCAACAACUGACCGACUAUAUGUUCGCCUUCACCAGCAAAACGCGACGACAACGAAUAAAUCAACGCAAUCGCGUUGAACGCCUGUCCCCUCUGUUGGACUGGAAGAACCUGGGCAUUGAAUAUAGCAAGUCGCGUCAAUUAGCCCUCAGACGUGCUUAUCCCGACGCCUUCAACGCGGACGAAAAUCAAGACGAAGAUAGUGAUUAUUUCUCACGUGAACGGCAAGGCUGGAUGGCAUCCAGUGUCCCCGCAAGUCCUCGUAUCCGCGGUACAGCCACUCCAGGUGAUAUUGCAACAUUGACAGAGGAGAUGCAAAGGCUGCAAACCAGCGACUACAAUGGGUACAACUGGCCCGGUGGGCACGAGGAGGAGGAUUCAUAUCCAUUCCCCCUGGUCAUGAAAGUUCGUAGUCGAGCGGGAAGCGUCAUCAGUGGGGCAAGCACACCUGGAGGAGGUACUUUCCGCAGCCUAAGCGAAGGAGAUCUGGCGCGAGCAGACGCCGCGCUCAGUAGGGUAAACCAACAAGAAAACGGGAGUACGAAUGGACAGUGA